AGCCGCCGAGCAGAUCAGCUGGUACAAGCCCUGGACUAAAACGCUGGAGAACAGAUACCCGCCUUCCACCAGUUGGUUUGUGGAAGGAAUGCUUAACAUUUGUUACAAUGCCAUCGAUCGUCAUAUUGAAAAUGGUCAAGGAGAUAAGAUUGCUAUCAUCUAUGACAGUCCUGUUACAGACACCAAAGCAACAAUUACCUACAAAGAAGUGCUGGAGCAGGUCUCUAAGCUGGCGGGUGUUUUGGUCAAGCAUGGUGUCCAGAAAGGUGACACCGUGGUUAUCUACAUGCCCAUGAUCCCCCAGGCGAUGUACACCAUGCUGGCGUGUGCAAGGAUCGGAGCCGUCCACAGUCUCAUAUUUGGGGGAUUUGCAUCCAAAGAACUAAGUAGUCGUAUUGACCAUGCAAAGCCCAAGGUGGUUGUUACAGCAUCUUUUGGGAUUGAACCUGGACGGAGAGUAGAAUACAUUCCACUUCUAGAAGAAGCCCUGAGACUAGGACAACACAAACCAGACCACGUCCUCAUUUAUAAUCGUCCAAAUAUGGGGGUGGUUAGACCCACUGGGGGAUACGCUGUGAUGCUAAACUGGACAAUGUCGUCUAUAUAUGGACUUAAACCUGGAGAGGUGUGGUGGGCAGCCUCUGACUUAGGCUGGGUUGUUGGACAUUCGUAUAUCUGUUAUGGACCUCUUCUACAUGGGAACACAACAGUUUUAUAUGAGGGAAAGCCUGUGGGAACACCAGAUGCCGGCGCUUAUUUCCGUGUGCUCGCGGAGCAUGGAGUCGCUGCCUUGUUUACAGCGCCGACUGCAAUUAGAGCCAUCCGUCAACAGGACCCGGGGGCAGCCUUGGGGAAACAGUACUCUCUGACAAGGUUCAAAACAUUGUUUGUGGCUGGAGAACGGUGUGAUGUGGAGACCCUGGAAUGGUCCAAAAAGGUCUUCAGAGUACCUGUCCUAGACCACUGGUGGCAAACUGAGACUGGAUCCCCAAUUACGGCAUCAUGCAUCGGAUUAGGUAAUUCUAAAACCCCUCCUCCAGGACAAGCAGGAAAAAGCGUUCCGGGAUACAAUGUUAUGAUUUUGGAUGACAACAUGCAAAAACUGAAGGCUCGAUGUUUAGGAAAUAUUGUGGUAAAGUUGCCAUUGCCACCUGGGGCUUUUUCGGGACUCUGGAAGAAUCAGGAGGCAUUCAAGCAUUUAUACUUCGAAAAAUUUCCUGGAUAUUAUGACACCAUGGAUGCUGGUUACAUGGAUGAAGAAGGCUAUUUAUAUGUUAUGUCUCGAGUCGAUGACGUGAUAAAUGUUGCAGGUCACAGAAUUUCUGCAGGUGCUAUUGAAGAGUCGGUCCUCUCCCAUGGCGCGGUGGCGGACUGUGCUGUUGUUGGUAAGGAAGAUCCUUUGAAAGGUCAUGUCCCUUUAGCGCUCUGCGUGUUGAGAAAAGAUAUUAAUACAACAGAGGAACAAGUUUUGGAAGAAAUUGUGAGCCAUGUUAGACAGAGCAUUGGCCCCGUGGCUGCUUUUCGCAAUGCCCUGUUUGUCAAACAGUUACCCAAAACGAGAUCUGGCAAAAUUCCCCGGUCAGCUCUGUCUGCCCUCGUCAACGGCAAGCCGUAUAAGAUAACACCUACAAUUGAAGACCCCAGCAUUUUUGGGCACAUCGAAGAAGUGCUGAAGCAGGCAUCAUGACUUCCUACUUUCCUAUUUAGAGUCAAUUUGAGUCAGUUUUCUAAUUGGGAGUCAAAUUUUUUGAAUUCUUUCCCAUAAAUAAAUAUUUAAAUAGAAAUGACUUGCAAACUGAAAUGUGAAUUGUGAAGCUUGAUCUAAAACAAAAAGAUCUUGAAGACUAGAGGAAGACCCGUGCCUUCUGUUUAAUUAGUCCUGAUUAGCAUUUUUUUUUCAGUUGCCUGGAACACAGUUCAUUAUCGAUUGUCUACCACUUUAAGUUAGGAAGAAUAUAGCUAAUGUAUGAUUUUAAAAAGCUGAUCCCCCAAAUAUUUUAACUGAAAGGGACAUAAACAUAGAACUACUUCCUGAAAUGAGAAAUCUGUAGCUUUGACCCCAAACCUAAAACUCCUAUUGAAGUCAGAAAAUAAUAAAUUUUCUUAUAGAAA